AUGGGUGAUCCCGGUCCUCUUCCCAGAGGCCCACUCGCUCAUCCUGCAAGCCACCACGGUGGUGACAUCGAGCUUGCUGAAGUCCGGAACACUCUGGUGAUGGCAGACGCCAUGUGUGCUAAAGCUCCCAGUCAUGACACUGCUGAUAUCCUCAGCAAGCUGGAUCUUAUCUUCGCAAGGUUCUGGAGUAUGCUGA